GCGCAGUGCUUCAUGUUGCAACACAGACAGAUCGACUGCAAUCGUCAUCUGGAGAAAACAGACGUUUCUGUCGGCCUUCAGACAAACUGAGACACAUGAGCUGUGGAUUAUUGCGGUCGUACACGGAUUACAGUUGAAGAAGUUCGGGAAACAGCACAAUCAAUAAUACCGCAAUCGGUUUUUGUCACGUGGUCAAGCCUGACCAAUCGGAGCGAUCCAAAUCCAGCGGAAAGUAUGUCCUUUGUUCGGAUAUUUGGUCAACUUUAUCCUCUAAUGUGAGCCUAUUACUGUGUAUAGAUCACAGGAUGUGGAUAUGGAGGUGGCGUUUUUAUGACAAGGGACGCGCUUUGGAUACGUUUUAUUGCGGGUUUUGCGGAAUGCCACGUGUUCAAGUUUGAUGAACAGGCUUAUUUCAUCACAUGACUCCCCUCCCCCACCCAGCGCAGGGAAUGGGGGAAGAAGGCGGACAUGUUUGAGGGAAAUGUGUUGGUUAAAAAGUAUCGAGGUGGAAGACAAGAAGAUUAUAUGAAGAAAGGUUUCGCAUUACUUUGAUUGGAUUUACCAUUCGACAUUUGUAUUCAUUUUAACUCAAGACUUUGAUGUCAUACUUUGAAAAUAUUUCUUUUUGUUUUAGAUAAUUUAACUGUCCAUUUUUCAAAAUAAUAUAGAGAUGUAUAAUUUGUGUUUUUACAACGUUAGUCAAAACUUUCGUAACAUUUACUACUGUGAGGAUCUAGUGUUACUAAACAUGGUUUAUUUGAGUGACAUUGUAGGGAAUUUGUAACCUUGGUGUGGGGGAUGGGCGCCAGUGGUUAGGUAACCAUUUUGUGUGCUUGUUGAGUUUCGGUCUCGGUUUUUAAAGUGUUUUUGUCAAAGUUUGUUAAUUUGUUAAUUUUCUUAGCUGUUUUUCUUUAUGUUUUUGGAUUGAAUUCAUUUUGUAGACUCACAAAGGCCAGGUAUGUUUUUUUUGUAUUUUAAACUAUAAUAUGAAUCGUAUUUUAUUGCGUUUUGCCGAAUUUGGUAAUAUGAUUGUGCAAUGGUUUUGGUUGGACCUAUUUUUUUUGUUUAAAUGUAGUCUUUAGGUUCCUAAGAAAAAAACAAAAAAACUGCUGUGUCAUUCAGGGGAUAGUUGGCAGCUUCUGUGACUGCUAGGUGUGGUCUUUUUGGUGGUGGUUACUGGGUUUUUAUUGUGCGUUACAUUAAAUGCGGCCUACAAGCGUCACCAUUUUACAUUAAGUUAAACUUUAGACUUUAUCCAUGUCCUUUGACUACUUUACAGUUAGUGGGCCAGGAAGGCCUUGUCUGUCUGGCAUUGUUUUCGAAUGGUGGUCUCUCCCAGCAGCAGAUCACGGCUAAUCACUUUGGUGAGUGUUAGUAAGCGAAAUAUGAAGCAUUUUGAAUGUUUUGCUCUAUGUUUUGGCUUGUUGGUUGUGAAUAAUUCGGUUAUAAUACACGCUGUCUCAGUGCUUCAAGAUGGCGACCGUGCGCCUCUCGUGAAAGGCAGAAAUGCGGAUAUUCUGGUAAGCAGAGAGCUCGUGGGGAGAGGCUGUUGUCUCUUCUUGGGUCCGCGUGACUGAUUGGAAGAACCAAUCAGCUUCCUGGUAUUUGCACUGGAAGCCCGCGUUACAGCGGUUUAGACCAAUCCCCGUCGUCGCCUUGCACACGUUGACGUAAUGUAAUAUGAUAAAGAGCGAGGUGGCUUCGUUGCCCUCGUUUUUUCUGGAGGAUUAUAUGGCGGAGCCAGUUACAGGCAGCAUAUCUAUAAUACAGGAGAGGCAGGGCCAAUAGUAUUGUGCAGUUUCCUUGACGGACAGAAAGAACAUGCGAAUAGGUUGGUCCGAAAGACGGGCGGUGGAGUUUCAGUGUGGAGGGGUGCGGUAAGUUUGAAAGACGUCGUAAGCAGCCAAUAGAAACUCGAAGGGCGGGGACUUUCCGAGGCAGUCCAUCCAAUAGGGUGAGUGGUUGGUCUAUAAAGACCCGGGUGUAGUCGCAUCGUCGCCAUUUCAACGAAGCAUAGUAGAAGGAGUUUGCCGUGGCGGGGAGCGGAGACAACUGACCCAACAGAGACGGAUCCUGGUUUGAGUCUAGCUAAAAACAGAAUCCGGAUCCAUCCUGAUGGAUAUGGCUGUUAACCCGCCCCUUGACAGCUCCCAUGUCGGGGUUGAGGUUGGCAUGUUGGGAGUCACAAUGGACCAUGGCUCUGGUGCAGCUGGAAAACGCAUCCGAAAACCUUCACUGCUGUAUGAGGGCUUUGAGAGUCCCGGGAUGCCACCUCUGACUCAUAUGGUUCCUUCGGGGCCCCCACAGCCGCCAGUGAAAGACCCCAGCCGGCAGGGGAGGAUGACCAACCAACUUCAGUUCCUACAGAAAGUCCUGCUCAAGUCUUUGUGGAGGCACCACUUUGCCUGGCCCUUCCAUGAACCUGUAGAUGCCGUCAAGCUCAGCCUGCCUGACUACCAUAAGAUCAUCAAAAAUCCCAUGGAUAUGGGCACUAUCAAAAAGAGGUUAGAAAACAACUACUACCGCAGUGCCAGUGAGUGCAUGCAGGACUUCAACACCAUGUUUACCAAUUGCUACAUUUAUAACAAGCCAACAGAUGACAUAGUACUGAUGGCUCAGUCUCUGGAGAAGGCGUUUCUGCAGAAAGUUGCUCAGAUGCCCCAGGAUGAGUUAGAACUGCCCCCUCCUCCUCCACGGAGCAAAACAGUAAAACCUGGCAGGAAAGGCAGAAGUAAUACAGUCUCUGGAGGAAUCACAACAGCUCAUCAAGUUCCAGCUGUCUCCCAGUCAGCGUACUCACCUCCCACCCCGGAGACACCUGACUCAAUCCUCUCUACCCCUCCACAGACUCUUUUGACCAAGAGCCUGCCCCCUAUACUUCCACCUGAGCAGAGCAUCCCCACUAUUACGGGUCUGCCUCCCACACAGCCCACUGCUAAGAAAAAAGGUGUGAAGCGGAAAGCAGACACAACCACCCCAACCACUGUAGCCAUGCCCAUUAUGAGCACUAUGGGUGUCAGUGGCAUAAGCCUAGGGAUGGGAGGUGGGCACGACUCCCCGCUCACCCUCACGUCUCUUGGGGUGGACCACAACUCCACCAUGGGGAUGAACCCAGGCCUCGCCCUGGGCCAGGGCAUGGGGAUGGGAAUGGGCAUGGGCAUGGGGAUGGGCCGUGGAGCAAUGAUUAUGGGUUCCAAAGCAACAGCGGCGAGCAGGAGAGGAGUAAGUGGACGACCCAUCAAGCCACCUAAGAAGGAUUUACCAGAUUCCAUUCUGCCACCUCCAGUGCGCCGCAGCAAGCUGAGCCCGCAGCUGCGCUACUGCAACGGAGUCCUGAAGGAGCUGUUGUCCAAGAAGCACGCAGCAUACGCCUGGCCAUUUUACAAGCCUGUCGAUGCCUCGUCACUCGGCCUUCAUGACUACCAUGACAUCAUUAAGCAGCCCAUGGACCUCAGUACUAUCAAGCUGAAGAUGGACAGCAGAGAGUAUCGUGACUCCCAGCAGUUCUCUGCUGAUGUUCGACUGAUGUUCUCCAACUGCUACAAGUACAACCCCCCAGAUCACGAUGUGGUGGCCAUGGCUAGAAAACUUCAGGAUGUGUUUGAGUUCUGCUUUGCUAAGAUGCCAGACGAGCCUCCAGCACCACCCAGCUCCUCAUCUUCCUCCUCCUCCUCCUCGUCCUCAUCUGAGAGCGAGCUGAGCAGUGAAAGCGAGGAGAGCGAGAGCAGCCCCAGCUCCGACUCUGAGGAGGAGAGGGCAAACCGGCUGGCAGAGCUGCAGGAACAGCUAAAAGCUGUACACGAGCAGCUCACGGCACUCUCCCAGGGCCCCAUUGUAAAACCCAAGAAAAAGAAAGAGAAGAAGGACAAGAAAAAGAAGAAGAAAGUAGAAAAAGAGAAGCAUCGGAGGAUAGAGGAGGAGCUACCGCCUAUUAAGCCGCCCAAGGCCCCCAAAAUCACCAAGACUCCAAAACCUAAGAGCAACCGAGGAGUGAGCUGUCCGGUAAUGCCGAUUAAGAAAGCUCCGAGCAAGAAGAACAACAAGAGCAAAUCCAAAAAGGGCGGCAUGAUGUUUAACGUGCCUCAGCCGGUCCACGAGCCCAUCGUGAGCCAUUUUGACUCAGACGAAGAGGAGGAGACGGCACCCAUGUCGUACGAUGAGAAGCGUCAGCUCAGCCUGGACAUCAACAAGCUGCCCGGUGAGAAGCUGGGCCGAGUCGUUUACAUCAUCCAGUCCCGCGAACCGUCGCUGCGAGACACCAACCCCGAGGAGAUCGAGAUAGACUUCGAGACGCUGAAGCCGUCGACACUGAGGGAGCUGGAGAGAUACGUCAUGACGUGUCUGAGGAAGAAACCUCGAAAGCCAUACGCAAAUAAAAAGAACAGUGCUGGCAAGUCCCGGGAAGAACUCGCUCUGGAGAAACAAAUGGAGCUGGAGAGAAGGCUGAUGGACGUCAGUGGUCAACUCAACUCUGGAAAGAAGCCUCCGAAGACCAAACCAGAGAAACCUGCGACUGAAGCCCACACCCAGCCGUCACGCCUCAGCGCCAGUAGCUCCUCCUCAGACUCCUCUUCAUCCUCCUCAUCGUCCUCAUCCUCAGACACAAGCGACUCAGACUCAGGCUGAGCCGCGGACUGCAUCCUAUAAAGGGGUCAUGUGAGGGGGCCCUGGGAGUUUCUCUUCCCACCGAGUGGACUGAACUGUAGUUGAACUACUGACGACGGAGCCGCAGUGCGGAUCGGACGAGACCAGCAGAAACUGGCCGACUCAACUUGUCAAACCAAGAAAGAGAGAGAUGGGGCUUUCCCUGCGCUCAGCUCAUUCAUCCAGACCUGCACACAGAAAACUUGAGGAUGGAUGUGAAUGGAGGAGACUCGGUGUGAAGUCCUGCCGUUCUCUGGAGAACCGGCCUCGCUGGGUGGAGCGAGGGACGCUCCAUCUCCUGCAAAUACAGGAGAAGAUCAUACGUUGGAGGGAUAAGGGUGCUAGAGCCAGAAUCUGUCUCACUUCUGGAGAUAAUUUCCCUUCUUACCGUGCUCCCUGUCUUUAUGCUGUAUAGAUAAGGUGUACAGUUAUAUAAAUAUCUAUUUUUCUUUUAUAAAGAAGCAUUUUAUGGAGCUAAUUUAUUCCCUUAUUCUGGGAAAGAUUGAACUGGUGUGGGCGGAGAUGUGUUUUAGUUUUUGUUUAGUUUUUUUUUCUGGAGUGAUAAAGAGGGGAAAUGUGUUUCUGUAUGUCUGUGUGUGUGUGUGUGUGUGUGUGUGUGCGCGUGUGUUUGUAUGAAUGUGUCACGUAUGUGUUUGCAUGCACAUGCGUGAGUGUGAGAUCCGGCACCACAAGUGCAGCUUUGUGAAGUUUCCUCAUCGUUUUGACGCAGGCGUUAAAAAAUCGGUCUGCACACAGAAGCACCUUGGUUCAGUAGAAUACAGAAUGCAUGCAAUACAGAGGAGCUGACAAACAUCUGCAUACUCAUGUACGACUUCCCUGCAUCCCUGUGUCCUCAUGUACCGUCAGAAAGGGUCGGCCACUGUACAGAAAUGUGACAUAGUUACAGUUUGUACGUAAAUAUUUCUGUUGCCAUGUCGGCUGUCUUUUUCAUCCAUUUCUCUGUAAACAUGUUGCUUUUUUUUUUCUUCUUGUGACCAAUCUGCUAAUAAAUUGUGAGGACGUGUCUUGUCCACUCACCCGUGCCCAAAUAACAUCCUGGUUCUUUGGAUUUCUUUUACAUGUUCAGGUCUGUUUGACUUCAGUCUCAAAACACUCGACUCCAGGUCACAAAAUAAGGUUUUGCUGCUUCUUAUGUUCAGUAUUUGAUUCAAGUAGGAAAUAUUUGGGGUUAAAUCCUCCACAUCUGGUAAAACUGCUUUGUCUUUAAAACUAUUUGGCCUUUGAGAUCUGUGGCAGCUCAAAGUUUGAUCUUGUGUAUUAGCUGGAUUUUGUUAAGUUUACUUAUUUGUGUGAUUAAAAACAUUAGUAACACCAGGUUGGGAAGUUCUUACCAGCUGCUGUUGGUGAGAUUUUCUCUUCUGUCGACACUUUGGCAGGUAAACAGUUUGUUUUUAAAGAAAGUCAGUGAACACAUGGGAAGUGACUUAUUGAAUUUUGGGAUCCAGUUAACAAAAGAUGGUUUAAUGUUGUGAGUAUUAAUGAUGCACUGUUUGUUUUGGUGGUACUACUAAACAAUUUUGUGAUUUUUAGGUAAGGUGUGUUUCUUUUUGGUUUUUAAAAUCGCCUGUGACUUGAGAUUGGACUAUUGUAUGUCUGCAACUGAUUAUUUAUUCAGGAGGAAUUUGAAAGGAGACACUUUUCUCAUAAUCCUGAAAGGUUUUAAGUGGAAGUUUAUGAAAUAUGCACAGAUUAACUGUCAGGAUUGUAGAAGUGUACAUAUUUUACAGUCUCGAUCUUUGAGCAUGUUUUUGUUUUUUCUUCAGUAACUUAGUUUUUUUUUUUUUUUUGUCCUGCGAAGAUUUUUUAAGAUAAAAUCCUCCAGUUGUCAGUUUUACUCUUCUGAAGUUUGUCAGGAAUCUAAAUGCCUCUGUACUCGACUCCGUCAUUUCAUCUGAACAUCUGUACAUAAAUAAACAGAGACAUGUUCAUCUUU